AUGGCCGAUGCGGAAGUGGACAUACUCUUCAACCAGGUGGAUCUCGGCACUCAGCGAGCCUCUAAAAUGCGAAGCCUGGAAGAGAAACAGAAAUUUGUACAGCAACCAGGAAAAGUGCUGGUUCGCCAACAGCAGGCAAAGAGGCUUGGAAACAUGUAUACAAGGCCUUUGAGCUCCCUCUCAAUGAGCAGCGCCAUACAGGACGAAAACUCUCCUCCUCCUGGCCAACCUCGUCGCCUCUGGACUAGCAACUUUUGCAAUGUGACGGAGCAUGGUUUGACCAAGCAUGCCAAGGUUUGCACCCAGACCGAAGGGCCCCAGGCACAAGAGACGACUGAUUGCAUCAUCAAGCUCAAACAGGCAGAUGCAAGCCACCUCCCCUUGAGUCUAUGUCAGAUCAGAUCUUUGCCGCACGACCAACUCGUCCUCCGCAUGCUGCAGGAACAGAAACUUCGGCUCGCCGCUGAGCGCAAAGUGUCAGUGCUUUCCAAGAGCGGAAAGGACAUCAAAGCAUACCAGGGACAAAGACAGAGCUUCUUUCGCAACUUCCAGACAAGCAAAAAAACGCCUGAGCAAGAAAAACAAGGACAGCUGAAUGGAGGGAGACUUGAGAAGCAGCGAUUUUUUCCUGCAGUCUAUCUCGCCUCAACCCUCACUCUCGAUACAAGCAGCUUCGACUCAACACAGAAGUCUCGGCGCUUCCUUGCUCCUGACCUCAAGCUCCUAGAGCGUGCGAAGGCUGCACCACAAGCAAGAAUGACAGGACAAGGUGCAGGAGAGCCCGAGCAUCUCGACGAGCUCGACAAGGAUGAAGACUUUGCCUCCUUCCUCGCGGAUUUUGAGAAAGACAUAGUGAAUCUGACAUGUCAAUUCAAACAAGUUCCGGCAUGA